AACGUUUCGCGAACUUCCACUUCUGCUUUGGUCCUUCGUCCCGGAUCACGCUUGCGCCAAGUUCAAAAAUAAUUCCACUUCGUAUUCUAGCGCCAACAACAGUCUUCCGGAUUUCUGCGCUCAACUAGUUCUCCGCGGGUGCGAUAGGAUUCUCCGUGCGCUUUUACCGUGUGGUUUUGUGAUUUUUUCGAAAUCUGUUGUUUUUUGUGACUGGAUUGUGAUACUUCUGAAUCUCCACGAUGAGGAUCUUUAUGUUGGCGACGGUGUUUUUGGCAGUUUUUUGUACAGUGCACGCUGCUAUACCAAUGAGUAGACCCGAUGAUUUAGACUAUCCGGCAGACAGUGAAGGAGACGAAGACAUGCAGGGGGAUACAGACAUUGGAAAUUACUACGAUGUUGGAGAAGAAAAGGAGUUCCCAGAAGGGAGUACUGAGAAAAACAGGGAUCGUGUAGAAGAACCUGCACGUAUUCUGACACAGCCUGCAGUUUUCGAAGCAGAUAGUGGAAAUAGUGUUACACUACCAUGCGAUACCCAAGGAAACGACAGUGUCAUUAUUUGGUACAAAAAUGAUGACAUCCUCUUCCAAGACACAGUUCUGAUGCAUGCUAAACCCAAUCACAAACGUGAGAACAAUUCACUGGUCAUCGCCAACAUAACGAAGGAAGAUGCAGGUCAGUACAAGUGCAUCUCGAUGGUGAGCAUCAACAACAAGGCUGAGAUAACCCACCACCUCAAAGUUAGAUAUCAACCAAACAUCACAGAACUGUCGGUUAAGAACAAUGAAACCACUCUGGAAGUUGGAGAUGAACUUGUUCUGACGUGUCACGCUAAAGGCUACCCCGAACCUGUAAUCUCUUGGCACAAGGAAACCAUGAAAGAUGGACAAGCUGUUAACGAACGAUUCGAUGCUACUGGAAACAGACUGACAAUCCCUAAUGUUUCCCGAAGAGACGAGGGUCGCUACCUCUGUUUUGCUGAUAAUAAGAUAGGAAACCCUGCCUUGAAAUACAUCAGCAUCACACUCACACAUCUUCCAAUCGUUAGUAUCGAAAAAUUCAUUGUCAACUCCGACAAGGACAUGGACACCGAACUGAAAUGUACAGUGAAAGCUAAACCAACUGCUAGCGUGGUGUGGCUCAGAAAUGGACACAGUCUCCACUCUUCUGAACACAUUCACUUACGUAACCAAGAAAACGACCACAUCCUCGUCCUUAAAGGAUUACAAGAGACUGAUUUCGGAAAAUACGUAUGCUUGGCCAAGAACCGCUUAGGCACCGUAGAAAAGUCCAUCAAUUUGGUCAAGACACCAGCUGUUCUAGAAUUCAUCAAACCCGAGAAACCGACCAGAGAUUUAGUGUUGACUUGGAAAGUCGAAUCAAAGACACCUAUAACUGAACAUGAAUUGCAAUACAGGAAAAAGGGGGAGUCUGAAUGGCACACAGUCAAACCGAACGUACAUGGAGCAGAAGAUGGCGUUUAUGUUAUAAAGUAUACCUUGAAGGACUUGGGUGAAGGAACUUAUGAAACCAGAUGCAGAUCUCAGAACUUACAUGGAUGGUCUGAUUACACUGAUGUUACCGUCCUCGAUGUUGACAAGGCACAUCAUGGCAAGCAUGGUAACAAAAAAUCGCAUAAACACAACAAAGAAAAAUCCACUCCACUACCCUUGGAUGUAGCGUUAGCACAGCAACCAGAAAAGGAAUCUGAUAUUGGCGAGUCCACAAAUCCAAAUUCGGCUAGCAGUACUACAGCUUCUCUCCUUGUCUGCAGUAUCUCCCUACUUCAUUUAUAUUUCACCAGGCAUUGAAAAACUAUUAUGUGUUUUCUUGAAAAUUUAAUCUUCCUUGUUCUUUGAAACAACACAUCUUCGAAACCAAAGUAUUUAACACUACCUUAGGAACAGAGUGAUGAAAAAUUGAAAGUUCUACCUUUACAAAAAAGGAUGUUAUUUUGUGUUCAUUUGUUUAUCAUGGAAACGAUCGUAAUACGUCGUAAUAUUCAGCGUAUUCUUUCUGUGAUCAAAAUUUGAAUUAAUUGUUAAAAUUGGAAGUUAUACAAUUGUUAGGUUUAGAACAUUUUAAGAUUUUCCGGUUUUAGACAAUCUGAAAUGCCAUGGACUUGACAUAUUAUGUAAAAAUGUAUGUAUAUCCUUAUAGGCAACUUAUAAACUUAAUAGUUAAGAGUGAAUUACAUAAAAUCUUAUUAUCAUGCCUUCUUUUUGUUUAAGUUUUCAUGUCGACCAUACAUAUUUCCAGUAAAACCAUUAUUUUAUUGUAAAGAAUAGAUUUACAAAUGUCCCAAUUUUCUCUUCAUUAUCUUAUUAAUAUUUAAUAUUAUUUGUAAGUUACCCAGAACCGUUUGAAAUAUUCUUCCUCUAAUCAUGUUAUAAUUUCUUUCGGAUUUUCAGAAUAUUUCAUUUCUAGUCUUUAAAAAUUGAUAAAAAAAAUACAGGUAUAGGAUGUAUGUACCUACUUCUUCAGUUGAUGAAUCCAAAAUUGUAAUUCGAAUUGAAAUCUAUAUGACCUAGGAACAUUUUAAAACGAAGAAAUAUUUUUUUAAACAUAUUUAGAUGAUGUUCCAAGAUUGUAUUGAUAUUUAUUAUUGAUAACAGUUAUAGUUAGUUUUUAAAUGUAAAUAAUUUUGUUUAUUCGUGUGAUGUGACAUAUUUAUAUUUUAAUAUUUCUCUUAUUUCGAUUGUAAUACCGAUAAUUUUUUAUGUAACUUUUUUUUUCUUAGUUAACAUAGAAUCAAGUACACCAGUUAGAAGAUUUUUGGUAGAAAUUUAAUAGUGAUGAUUCUCAUAUGUUAUUGAAUUUUUUUCAUCAAAUCGAAGUAUUAUUUAAUGAAAAAGGUGAUCUUCAAAAUUUGUUCAAAUUAUCAUUAUAUUAUUCCAAUAUAUGGAUGUUUAGCUUUUCGUGGAAUCAUUCAGAUAUUUUAUAAAGGAACUGAGCAUAUGCCUUAAACUCUACAUGAAACGCUUCAUGCAAUGUGUACUGUAUAAUGAGAAGUGGACCAGGUGUUGCAUAUCAUCGAUAUAUAAAAGAGUUCCACUAUUUUAUUAUACGUUGCAUGCUGCUAAUUGUAUGUAUGUAAAAACUAGCUGAAAUAAAGAUCCAGAUAUUA